AUGGUUUUCAGCCUCCAGAGGGGGCAGAGACAGGAAGUGAAUUUGUCUCUUAUUGUUAGCAACAGAGAGUUCAUGUUGCCUAGCACUGUGGCAAUUGCAGCCUUUCGGAAAUGUCAGGAUCGCUUGACUGUUGACCUGGUGAUUCAGUCUAGUCUUAUGAAGCUGAUGGUUUCCAUGUCUUCCAAACAAUUUGCAGACGAAGUCUUAAAAGGUCACAAUGACUACCGAAAGAAGCAUGGCGUGCCUCCUCUAAAACUGUGCAAAAAAUUAAACAGGGAAGCACAGCAGUAUUCAGAAGCACUUGCCAGCACGAGGAUCCUCAAGCACAGUUCUGAAUCUAGUAGCGGAAGAUUCGGAGAAAAUUUAGCGUGGGCUUCUUAUGAUCAGUCAGGAACAGAAGUAGCUGACAGAUGGUAUAGCGAAAUUAAAAAUUACAACUUUCAGAGUCCAGGAUUUUCCUCUAACACAGGACACAUUCUACAGCAAAUGAAGGUUUGGAAAAGAACACAAAGAAGAUGGAAGGCCGGAAAGGCAGGCAGCAAUGGCUUAAUGGCCUGACUAUCAGCUCGUGGUGGCAAGAUAUGUACCUGCUGGCAAUAUUGUAAAUCCUGGUCACUAUGAGCAAAAUGUUCUUCCACCAAAGAAAUAACUUUGUCAGGAAUCGGGAGGGGAGAGGGGAGGAAGGGCUUUUGAAACAGCCAAUGAAAAGCAAAGCUGCGGACUGGAUGAGAGCAAGCUGACCUUUCAUACAAAGUGAAAUUGAAUGGAAUCUCAUGCUUGAAGGUCCUGGGAACAUACUACAACAGCAGCUUUUGACCACGUUUGACAGAGAUGUCUUUCUGGGCGGAACCGGUACAGAGGAGCCAGAAAGCAAGUUUCCUAAGUAAAACAUGUGGAAUAACAUGCAAAAUGUUUUGUAGCACUUUGAAUUUUUGUAUGGUCCUCUUAAGAUGUUAGAACACUUCCAUUAAAAUGUUGUAGGCCUAAGAUUAUUCUUUAAUAUGUUCAGAUUUUCCACUGAGUACAACUCAGCAGUAAAUUGUCUGGCUUUGGCUAUACGAUUAUCAAAAGAGUUUAAUGGUUUAGAAAUCUUGUUCAUCUUCAUAAUGCUCACUUCGGUGCUUUCAAGUAUUUCUUUAUGCCUGUUACAUAGUUGUUUCCAAACCUUUCUGCAACCGAAAUGCACAUUGACCCUUUGGUGUUGUGUGGCACAUCAUGGCACUGUUGUAAAUUAUGAUAGUCAACAUUUGGAACUAUCCAGGGGAAAACUCCAUUUUGCAGCCUGCUCUAUACAAAGAGUAAGAUACGGAAAGUUUUUCCAUUUAGCUGGAAUUUGUAGACAGUCCUGUUGUAGAUUGGAACAAUGAGUACAAUAAAUCUGUUGUAGAUUGGAACAAUGGAACAAUAAAUCUGGCUCCAAUCCUGCAUA